AUGCGAUUUAGGCAAUUUUCUUCGAAUUUCAAUCAAUUUCUUGAAUUCCAUUUCUCGCGGACGGCUGUGCCACUAAAUCUGGGUUUGUUCGAACCGGAGAUCACAUUGGAACAGUCGAUAAGGAUGGCAGUAGGUUUUCUUGUUUUAGUUUAACGUUUAGGCUUAUUUUAACUAAAUGUAAGCCUAACUUUAAUUUAUGGCAUUUUUCAAAAGUUCCUUUUAGGUUUUAAUUUAGAUUUAUUACUUGGGAUUUUUAGCCUUACAAUUGCGGUUUUAGGCUUAACUUUAAGUCUUAGGCUUAUUCAUUCAUGCUUAUUUUCAGUUUCGUUUCAAGAGCCAAAAAGAUGACCAACCGGAAGUGUCUGAACCAGAUUUGUCUGACAAGACUGGAAACAAGCCUAAACAUCCUAUUGUAAUUUUUUUUUCGAUUUUUCAUGCCGAAUUUUGAAAUUUUAAAAUUUUUUGGGAAGACACGUUUAAGAAAAAUUUGAAAAAGUAGAAGAAGUUUUGGUUUUUAACUUCAUUUUUGGUUAUUUAUUUCAUUUUUUAAACAAAGAUGUUUGAAAUUUUGAACAAAGCGACAUGUUAUACGAUUAAACAUGUUUAACAUGUCACUGAAGUUCAAAUAUGAAAAUUUUAGGGCUUAAUCUUAUUAAAAAUGGUUUUAAAAAGCAUGCCCGACUAAUAUAUUUUUAAAAUUUUGAAAAAAGCGACAUGUUAUACGAUGAAACAUGUUUAAAUUUUUUUAUUGUUUUAGUAUUAUCACUAAUUUUUGUUAAAAUAGGUAACAAUUUAUGUUUCAGAAGGUUGAAAAAGUCAAAAGCCCAGUGAUUGAAACAAUUGUGGGAAAGGACAUGCCAGAGAAGACUCCGACUGGUCGAUCGAAAGGCUAUGUCAACCCCAUCACGGACCUGAAACGUGAAGCCAAACGGGAAAGUCGGUCAAAAAGUAAGUAGAAUUUAGAUAAUUUGUCAAAAGUAUUAUGUGUUUGAGCUAAAACUUGGGAUGGUUUUGAUUUGAAGAGGUUGUGGGACAUGUUAUACGAUAAAACGUGGCUAGUGUAAGAGACAGGUUUUAUCGUAUAACAUGUCGCUUUUCAAAAAUGUUUUAAAAAAACUUUAAACCACCAUUUUAGAUGCACCAAAGAGCUCGUUUGCACCAGACCCCUCCAUUCCACUGGUCCUAGACUUUGACAGUCUCAAGAAUCAGGACGAAGGUCAAGGUCAAGGCUCACCGUCCAACGACAAAAUCUCAAAAACCAAGCCUGAGAAACGCUCACCGAGCCGUGGCAAAUCAUUUAAGAAAGAAUUUGGCCGAACAGACAGCUCGGAACGAGUUCAUGAAGUUAUGGCUAGCGCGAGCGAAGUGGCCAAGGCGUUGGGCAGCUACUACAGCCUACCCACGCCCGCCCGAAGUCAGGUGGAAUUGAGGGAGAAGUUGGCUAGUCGACGUGAGUUUUGAUGGUUUUUAUAGAACGAUUUGAGAAAUUUUGUUUGAAAAGGCAUUUUAAGCCUAUUUUUUUGAAAUGUGGACAUGUUAUACUAUGAAACAUGUUAUUGCUAUUGGACAGGUUUGAUCGUAUAAGAUGUCACUUUAAAGGUGAUCGAUAUAAAAAAUGAAAAUAUAAUUCUAUGAUACUGAGAGCAAUCUUUAAACCAAAAAUCAAAAAAUUUUAUUUAUAGGGACAUGUUAUACGAUGGAACAUAUCUAGUGAAAAAAACUGGUUUUAUCGUAUAACAUGUCUCUUUUAAGACAUUUUAUGAUUUGACUGAAUACUUCGGAGGAUAUUUUUGCUAUUUUACUCUAAUUUAGUAUUUUUUGCGUUAAAGGUGACAUGUUAUACGAUAAAAAAUGUCUUUUUUGUCUUGGAAAUGUUUUAUCGUAUAACAUGUCUCUUUUAAUUUUUUUUUUGAAAAUUGGUAAAAAAUGACUUUAUUAUAGUUAAAAAUGGCAAUGAGUGUUGUAUUAAAAGUUGGCAGGUGUCAAAAACUAUUUUUUUUAAAUUUUUAAAAAUUUUAUUUGGACAUGUUUUAUCGUAUAACUUGUCACCUUUUAAACUUUUCAUUUCAGCCAGCCGCUCCAAGUCAGCCACAAGUAUGUCAACGUCGAUGCCACGCCAAUCUCGAUCCGAAGCCUAUGUGGCCAAGUGUUUUGCUAAGAAGAAGGCGGGCCGAUCAGCGGCCAAGAAAUCGACCAAAAAGCCAAAAAUGAUGACUAAAAAGACCAAAAGAAGUACCAAAACAAGUCCACCGGUACCAAGUUGA